AUGCAGUACACACUACACACCUUUAUUUUUAUUUUAUUAUUUUUUGGAAUGAUGAGAAGCCUACAGUUUUCAUAUCAAAAUUUGUGGAAUUCAUUUAUUCGAAAUUUGUUGGGCGCAACUCCGUAACAGCUACCUUCAGCAGUGAUCAUAAGGAGAAGCUAGGAAGAAUCCCUUUAUCUUUUCAAGAAUGGGCAGAUUUCUAUUCUCUUCUGUGAAUUUUCCUUUGCCGUUUUCUCAAAUGCCCAGUUCAACUCUAUCAUUUUGCCUUUCGAAUCCGUGUCUUAGGCUGUCUUCCUCAAGGAGUUAUGGAGGUCCGCAGCGUGGAUUUUGCAGCCCUCGACUCUCAAAUACAACAUCCACUAGAAUGCUUUGUACUAGAGCUGUAUUAUCUGAGGUUCCCAAUCAGAAACAGUACCCCAAAAUAGGUGCCCAAUCAAUGGGACCAGUACCACUCAAUCAGCUUCUUCAAGUGGUUGAGAGUGCUGCUAAGUCUGGCGCUGAGGUUGUGAUGGAUGCUGUCAAUAAGCCUCGGAAUGUCACCUACAAAGGACUUACUGACUUGGUGACUGACACAGAUAAAAUGAGUGAAGCUGCUAUUCUAGAAACUGUGAGAAAAAAUUUCAGCAAUCAUCUCAUCCUUGGGGAGGAGGGAGGGGUUAUUGGAGACACAUCUUCAGAUUAUCUGUGGUGCAUCGAUCCUUUAGACGGAACAACAAAUUUUGCGCACUGUUAUCCUAGCUUUGCAGUUUCUGUGGGAGUUCUGUUUCAAGGAAAGCCAGCUGCUGCUGCUGUGGUGGAGUUUUCUGGAGGUCAUAUGUGUUGGAAUACCCGCAUAUUUUCUGCAACUGCUGGUGGGGGAGCAUUUUGUAAUGGGGAAAAAGUUCAUGUGAGUCAAACUGACAAGGUGGAGCAAUCCCUUCUAGUUACUGGAUUUGGGUAUGAACAUGAUGAUGCAUGGGCUACCAACAUGGAGUUAUUCAGAGAGUUCACUGACAUUAGCAGGGGUGUCAGAAGGCUUGGUGCUGCUGCUGUGGACAUGUGCCAUGUAGCCCUUGGAGUAGUAGAAGGAUAUUGGGAAUUUCGCCUGAAACCAUGGGAUAUGGCUGCUGGAGUUUUGAUUGUUGAAGAGGCUGGUGGGACAGUUACUCGAAUGGAUGGGGGAUGUUUUUCUGUGUUUGAUAGGUCUCUUUUGGUAUCUAAUGGUCCGUUGCAUCCAAAGGUUGAUCUUUUCUCUUUUCUCUUUCCUCAAGUUAGUAUAAUACUUGGUGUUACCUACAAAAUUUUUUAUGAAUGGGACUGUGAUAGACUUGUGCAUGUAAAACACAAUGUGCAUGUGUACCCAUAAUCUUAUGUUUUAGUACAUUGGACUUUCUUGUGGAAUGUUUUGGUAGCAAAAAUUAAUGCAUACUUGCUCCCCCCACAAACAAAAAAUGAAUACAUAAUCAAUCUGGGGUCGUUAAUCGUUAUUCAUAAUGAAAAGUCAUACUUGGAAGAGAGAAGAAGAGAAGAAAUAAAGGAGAAAAAGAGCAAAAGAGGAAAUUAAUAUCAUUCAAUUCAUAAUCAGCAAUGUUCGCGAGGUUUAGAAGCUGAGGGAGCAAAUGAUAGUUCUUUGAGUUCUAGUGAGUUUUAAACCUGAGUUUGAGGCAAUCCAGUCUGAGAUAUUUAGUAGUGCAGAGUUGCCAUCCUUUGCUGAUAUCUAUUCUCAUGUACUUUGUGCUUCUUCUAGUGCACAUUUCACAACCCUUGCAUCUAGUGUUUGAAUCCCCGACUCUAAGAGAACUACUUUCAUUACACCAGGCGAUUCUUUUUUCCAACCAAGCAGUCACAAUAGCUCUCGAGGUGGUUCAUGUGGCCAUGGUGGAAGAGAUGGACAAUGUAGAUGCCCUCCUUGCAAGUGCAUUCAUUGUGGACGAGGAGGUUAAACUAGUGAUUAGUGUUGGGAUUUCCAUGGUAAACCACUUCAUGUUGUCAGUGUAGCUGCCAUAGAUUCCACACUCUUGGCCCAAGUGGGGAGCAAUAGACUAUAUCUAUGUCAAAGGAAGAGUAUACCAAGUUCUAACAGUAUCAAACGUCUCAACAAGCUUCCCUUCCUAUUGCAUCUCUUGCUUAGACAAGUAAUCCCACAACUUGUUUGUCAUCCAGUACUUCUCGGCCUAGUCCUUAGGUUAGUGAUUCAGCUACCAGUGACUAUAACAACUAUACUUAAUUUCUUCUCUACUCUCCAGUUUUCUAAAAACUUACCUUAUAUGUUAGCCUUGUUGAUGGGUCCACCAUUGCCAUCAAGGGAACAUGGAUUGUAAUUCCCACUUCCUUUGUUUCUCUUCCUUUGGUUUUUUAUAUUUCCAAGUUCUCUUUCAAUCAUAUGUUGGUUAGCAAGAUUGCCAAAUCCAUGAAUUGUUUACUAACAUUCUUCUCUGAAUUUAUGGUCAUUCAAGAUUUGAAGAUGAAGAAGAUGAGGAAGACGAUUAGUUGAGGACGUGAAGCUGGGGGAGUUUUAUGACUUUGAUCCGCUAUCUACUUCUAUCGCUUGCACUUCUGUUGCCACAACACUCCAAAUCCAUUGUCACGCAGGUCACCCUUCAUUGGAAAAGUUAAAAUAACUAGUUUUACUUUGAGUCAUGUGUCUAGUUUUGAGCGUUAAUCUUGUCAAUUAGAGAAGAAUCAUCAUGUUCCUUUUGCUUCCCGAGUCAAUAAAUGAGCAGUAGGCCCUUUUCUCUUAGUCCAUUAUGAUGCUUGGGGUCCUAGCCAGGUAGUGUCCAAGUUGGGUUUUCAAUACUUUGUAAUUUUUUUUAAUGAUUAUUCAAGGAUAACUUGGCUUUAUUUAAUGAAAUAUUGGUCUGAGUUAUUUCAAACUUCGAAGUGAUAAUGCUAGAGUACUUUAGUACCCAAUUCACUACUUAUAUGACCUAGUUUCGUAUUGUCCAUUAGUCAUUUUGUGUCUACAUUUUACAACAAAAUGGGUUUUAGAGAGGAAAAUAGACAUAUCCUUGAUGUUACUUUACAUUACUUCAUCAAAUUUGUGUUCUUACAGUGUUUUGGAGUGAUGUUGUACUCACUUCCUAUAUCUAUCUUAUCAAUAGAAUGUCAUCAUUUGUUCUUGGUGGUAAAUUUGCUACUCCGUUCUCCUUCCAAUUGCUCCUUUGUUCUCUUUGCCUUCUUGUAUAUUCGGGUGUGUGUCGUUGGUUCAUUAGUUAACCCCUAGAGUGGAUAAGUUGGAUCCUCGUGCUAUAAAAUGCAUCUUUUUGGGCUACUUGUGUACUCAAAAGUGAUAUCGUUGUUAUGUCCUACUUUGCAUUGUUUUUUGUCUGUGCUGAUGUUACAUUGUUACCUUCUUUGAGUCUACACCAUGCUAUUUUCAAUUCCUUAGUGCUUUUGACCUCAAUGAGUCUCCUUCCUUGCCUAAUCUUCCAAACUUGCCUAUGUCUAUUUAUCCCCUUAGCUACCACUUGUCACUGACCUCUGCAUUAGUUAGAUAUGAAGAAAGACUUCCUACAAGGUGAUCUCUAGGAGGAGGUUUACAUGGAGCAAUCACUUGGGUUUGUUGCUUAGAGGGGAUCAGACUUAGUGUGUUGGCUCAAGAAAUCAUUAUAUGGCUUGAAAUAGUCUCCUAGAGCAUGGUUUGAUCAAUUGAGUGUUAUAGUAUUUGAGUUUGGCCUUUGACAAUGUGUAGUAGAUCACUCUAUGUUCUAUCAAUAAACUUCAUCUAGUAGGAUUCUCCUUAUCGUGUGUAUGGAUGAUAUUGUGAGUACUGGUGAUGAUAAUCAAUGUAUUUAGGGCCUGAAACACUUUUUACAAUCUAAGUUUCAGAACAAAGAUUUGGGACCAUUGAAAUACUUUUGGUUAUAGAAGUAUCUAGAUCUUGUACGGGAAUGCUUUGUCACAAAGGAAGUAUUUUGGAUGAGAUUGGGAUUUUGGAAUCCAAUUUUGUUGAUACACCCAUGGAUCCUAACAGCAAGCUAGUGUCGGAUAUUGGUGAUUUGUUGCCUGAACCAAGAUGGCACCGAAGACUCGUUGGAAAAUUGAAUUAUCUCACAAUCACUCGACUAGACAUAUAUAUUUUUGCAACAAAUGUUGGGAAUCAGUUUCUGGAUUCUCCUAGACCAAGUCAUGUAGUAAUUUGCAUCUUGAGAUAUCUCAAAAGUGCAUUUGGAAGAGGUCUCUUAUAUCAAGAUUAAGGGUACACAUAUAUGAUAUACAAAUGCAAAUUGGGCCGAGUCAACUUAUGACAGAAGAUCCACAAUUGGGUACUAUAUUGUUGUUGGUGGUAAUUUGGUUUCUUGAAAGAGUAAGAAACAAACUGUGGUGGCCAUGCCCUCACACUACAUGUGGAACUUGUUUGGUUGAAGAACAUGUUGGAAGAAAUGGGUUUUCCAUAUUCUCGGUCUAUGGAGUUGAUAAUCAAGCUGCUAUUCGUAUUGUCUCCAACCUAGUCUUCCAUGAACAAACGAAACACAUUGAAGUUGAUUGCCACUUGUUUCGGAAGAAACUUGUGCGGAAGCUCAUUACAACCAUUUAUGUAAAGUCUAAUUUGUAGUUUGAUGACUUGUUCAUUAAAGAAUUUUUUUGUUGGGGGGCGGGGGGUGAGGUGCUCAUGUUAAAUUCAUUUGUAACAAGCUAGGAGCAAAUGAUAUCUAUGCUCAGGCUUGAGGGGGAGUAUUAAUUGUUAUUUUGGUUAUUUAGCAUAAUUAGUAUAUGCCAGGGUUAUGUUAAAUAGUGUUAGUAAGGGAAUUAUGGUCAUUGGUAUGUACUUGAUAUAUACUAUAAAUGAAAGGAGAGGCCUGUAAUUGUGAUUAGGUGUUCUGUUUUACUCAAUUUGUCAACACUCCAAAUACCAGUUGUGAUUAUUCCUUGCAAGUGGAAUAUUUUUAGGUAAUCCCAUUGGCUUAUAGUAGAAGGUGAUUGCUAACAAGUGCAUCUUUGUGGCAGAUCAAGCUAAAAGUAGUAGGAAACCUUGUGCCACGUCAAAUAUCAUGCCAAAAGAAAAUCUUAUCCCCAUUCCCUUUGUCUGUUCUGAUAAAUGAGAAAACUUCUUCCAGUCCUUUUAAAUGUUUCCCCAAACUCCUACACCAUAGGAUUAUCAACAUAUUUAGAAGUCCAACCUUUUUGGUCAAGUCCAUAUUUUUAAACAAUGGUAUUUCUCCAAAAAUGAUCUUGUUUGUUCGUGAACCUCCAAGGCCAUUUUCCAAGGAGGAAUUUUAUAUAUGUUUUCUAUUCCCUGUUAAUUGACUAUUAGUUCCUUUUAAUGGUCUGGAAGAAGUUUCUUGCAAGCUUAAAUUUGCAUUCCAAGGGUAUUCAGUUAUGGUUUUGGAGAGUCUUUGAUCUAUAACAUGCUGUUGCUGGAUGUAUGAACAUAUCUAGCAAGAAAGCGGUUAAAACAAGAGCAAUUGAAUAGCAUUUCCUUUGUCUUAAUAUGAAUAUUUCCUGAUCUGGAUAAAAUUUUAACACUUGCCAAAUGCAGCUAUUGGAGAGAAUUGGCCCUGCAACAGAGAAAUUGAAGGACAACGGUAUUGAUUUCUCAUUAUGGUAUAUGCCAGAAAAUUACUGCAUAGACUAUUGAUUAGACCACAACUUCUGCUUCUUUUUGCUCUAUCUUCUAGAAGGAACUUCAAGGCAAGCAGGUGCUGUUUUAUGCUGUACAUUAAAAAUCGUUAUUAUAUUUCUGUUGUAACCCUCAAUAAGUAUGUGUUAUACACUGUCAUGUACAUUCAUUGUUACACAUAUUAUGGCUUUAGGAUACAUGUUGCUGAAUUUGUGAUUUCUCCAUCUUCGUUGGCUGACUUAUUUUGGACAAAGUCCAGUAAAUGGAAAAUGAAGACUUAGCUUUAAAAA